AAGCCAAAACCACUGCAGAUAAUGAGGCUGGAGAAUGUCUCUGUGAAGACCGAGUUCUUGCUGCUGGGAUUCAGUGACCACCCAGAGCUCCAGAGUCUUCUUUUUGCUGUGUUUUGCUCCAUCUACUCCAUUACCCUGAUGGGGAAUGUUGGCAUGAUCAUGCUGAUCGGAGUCACUUCCCAGCUGCACACACCAAUGUACUUUUUCCUCUGCAUGCUGUCCUCCAUAGAUGCAUGCUACUCUUCUGUCAUUGCCCCCAAAUUACUCGUGGAUUUGCUUUCUGACAAGAAGACCAUUUCCUACAAUGGUUGUGCUGCACAGUUGUAUUUUUUCUGCUCUCUGGUUGACACAGAGUCUUUCCUCCUGGCAGCCAUGGCAUAUGACAGGUACGUAGCCAUCUGUAAUCCACUCCUGUAUACUGUCAUUAUGUCCAAGAGGGCUUUUUACCAGCUUGCCAUUGGCGCAUUCUUGGGGGGAACAAUGAGUUCAAUUAUUCACACCACUAACACUUUUGAUCUGUCAUUCUGCUCUAGAGAAAUCAACCACUUUUUUUGUGACAUCUCCCCACUCUUCUCUUUGUCUUGCUCUGAUACUUACAUGCAUGACAUCAUUCUGGUUGUCUUUGCAAGCCUGGUGGAAGCUCUCUGCCUUCUAACAGUGCUUUUCUCUUAUGCCUGCAUUAUAGCAGCCAUUCUUAAGACAGGGUCUGCAGAAGGAAUGAAAAAAGGAUUCUCUACUUGUGCCUCCCACCUGACAGUUGUUACCAUUUACCAUGGCACUCUGAUCUUUAUUUAUCUGCACCCCAGUACAGGCCACUCAAUGGAUAUAGACAGGUUCUAUACCUUGAUUAUACCUAUGCUGAACCCACUAAUCUACAGUCUCAGGAACAAAGAUGUCAAAAAUGCCUUUAGAAAAAUGAUUAUUGCUGCAAAAUUAGGAGAAGCUCUUUAUCUGUGA